AAUACCAGAAUAAAGACUCCAUACGAAGAAGACACGAAUGAGCUUUCUUUCCCCAAAAGAAAAAUCUCUCAUUUCCAUAAUCCGAAAGAGAAAGCUCCGCAGAUGAAGACAAUCUUAGCCAAAUCUCCGCACGAUUCCUCUCUCUCUCUCUCCAAGCGCUACUUCAACUGGAGAAAGAAGAUCCAAGAGGGGGACGACGACGACAGCGUCGACGAGGCAGAGAUCCUGACCCGUUUCAACUCCUCUUCCUCCGACCCCACCCCACCCGAUUCCGACAAGAAGAAGACCGUCUCUAAGCUCCGUUACGCCCUCACUCUCUUCAACAGGAACCGGUUCGGGUACUCGUACUCGGGUCUGGGCACUCGGGUCGUCGGGACUCUCUUCGGAAACCGACGUGGGCACGUCCACUUCGCCGUACAAGACGACCCGACCCGAUUACCAGCGGUUCUGAUCGAGUUGCCGACACCGACCAGUGUUCUCGUCCGAGAAAUGGCAUCUGGGCUUGUCCGGAUAGCGCUCGAGUGCGAGAAGAAGAUCGACUCGAUCGGGAUGACGAAGAAGGAGAAGAAGAAACUGGGGCUUCCCAAGAAGCUUCUAGAAGAGCCCACGUGGCGAACCUACUGCAACGGGAAGAAAUGCGGCUUCGCGGCGAGGAGGGAGGUCGGAGCGGCGGAGUGGAAGGUUCUGACGGCGGUGGGGCGCAUCACGAUGGGCGCCGGAGUUUUACCGGCGACGGCGAAGGAGGGGGAGGAGGAGGAGGAGGCGGGGUCCGAGAUGGGUGAGCUCAUGUAUAUGAGAGCCCGAUUCGAGCGAGUCGUCGGGUCACGUGACUCGGAAGCUUUUUACAUGAUGAGCCCUGAAGGUGCAAAUGGUGGUCCUGAGCUUAGUGUUUAUUUCCUUAGGGUUUAAGGGAAAUUAUAAACAAGAUUAUAUGUGUUUCAGAUGACUACCAAACUAUGUUUUAUCAUAUCCGUUUUGAUUUUGGGCUUUUGGUGAAGGGAUGGGAAAUGAAUAUGUGGAAAUGGUUAGGGGUGAAUUUGUAUUUCGGUUAAUUUUGGGGUGUAAUUGGGUAGAAUUUGGAGUUGUGAGGCGUAACUAUAAAUACGAAUAUCAAUGUUGUAAUUAAAAUCUUUGUUAUAUUACUGUUGCUAUGUA